AUGCCGAGCGAUUCUACCCCCAAAUGCCACCAAAAGGUGUAUCCAAAUUUUAGCUUGAAGGACAAAGUAUACAUCGUUACCGGGGGCGGUAGAGGUUUGGGCCUUGUGAUUGCAGAGGCAAUGACAGAGGCGGGAGCCGAUGUUCAUUGCUUUGAUGUGUUGCCCGAGCCUGAUUCAGAGUUCUACGUUUCCCAGGAAAUCGCGAACAACGAUCACAUUGGCUCGCUACAUUACCACCAUGUUGAUGUCCGUGAUUUGAAACAUCUUGAGGAAGCGGUCGAUAGAGUUGCGGGCCUAUCAGGGAGGAUUGACGGCCUUGUUGCUGCUGCAGGAAUCCAGCAGCUCAAGGAUGCAGUUGACUUCACCCUAGAAGAUGUCACUAGAAUGUUGGACGUGAACUAUACCGGACUCUUCAUGACUGUUCAGGCAGUCGCUCGACAUAUGAUUAAGUCAGGGACCCGAGGGUCGAUAGUCCUAAUCGCUAGUAUGAGCGGCUUUGUAGCGAACAAGGGGCUUCAUUCAGCCACAUACAACUCUUCGAAGGCAGCGGUUGUCCAGCUUGGCCGCAAUCUGGCAAUGGAGUGGGGUCCGAAAGGUAUUCGUGUGAAUUCUCUCUGUCCAGGGCAUAUCAUCACUCCUAUGGUCGAGAAAAAUUUCGAAGAAGUUCCGGAACUAAAGGAGAUUUGGAUAAAGGAAAGUAUGCUAGGCCGCCUAGCUCGACCUGAAGAGUUUACCGGAGCGGUUGUUUUCAUGUUGAGUGAAGCUAGCAGUUAUAUGACUGGCAGCUCGCUCAUAAUCGAUGGCGGCCAUACAGCCUGGUAA